UAACGUGGCGAAAAAAAAUGACACUGACUGUAAACUAGCUGAUUUAGCUUAGCUAGCUAGCUUGCUAACUUAGAUAACAAGCUAACGAAUGUUUUGUUACAUUGUACAAACUAUCUGUCCAUUGUAUAAUAUAAACUCUUUAACUGGGUGUUGGAUCUAGUAAAACAGUGCAACUCAUAUAUCUGAGUAGAGCAGACAGACAGACAGGGAUGUAAUAAACGCAGUUAAGUCGUCCUGAUGCUUCCCAGCUGAAACAUCAGGUCAGGCUGAGCUGAACCUGGCAGUAUGGAACCGGGCAGUAUGGAACCGGGCAGUGUGGAACCGGGCGGUGUGGAACCUGGCGGUGUGGAACCGGGCGGUAUGGAACCGGGCGGUGUGGAACCGGGCGGUAUGGAACCUGGCGGUAUGGAACCGGGCGGUAUGGAACCUGGCGGUAUGGAACCUGGCAGUGUAGAACCUGGCAGUGUGGAACCUGGCAGUGUGGAACCUGGCAGUAUGGAACCGGGCAGUAUGGAACCAACCAGUAUGGAACCGCUGGAAAUGUUCAGGGAUGUGAAACCGGCCAGAUGUGUGGAACCGGCCAGAAGUGUGGAACCGGCCAGAUGUGUGGAACCGGCCAGAAGUGUGGAACCGGCCAGAUGUGUGGAACCGGCCAGAAGUGUGGAACCGGCCAGAAGUGUGGAACCGGCCAGAGGUGUGGAACCGGCCAGAGGUGUGGAACCGGCCAGUGUUGACAGUCUGAAGGUUCUGUAUCAGAGCUGUGACUACAUCAUAGUGGAUAAGCACUGGGACAUCCGAAUAGACAGCAAGAUGUGGUACGAGAAACGCACGGUCCAGAAACAGCUGGGGCUCCGUUUCCCUGAGCUGGCCGACCCCGGGACGUACUAUGGAUUCAGGUUCUGCCACCAGCUGGACUACUCCACCAGUGGGGUUUUGUGUGUGGCUCUGAACAAGGCUGCUGCUGGCCGGGUCUACCACUGCUUUAAAGACCGCAGAGCUACCAAGGUCUACCUGGCACUGGUGAGAGGCUGGGUAGAGGAGGAGAUGAUGUCUCUAGAUUUCUCCAUCGGUGAAAACACCACAGAGGGAAGAACACACAUGAUGUGUAUCCAAGGAACAGAUGGUUGUGAGAACCCCAAGCCCUGUCGAACACACCUCACAGUGUUGGAGUACGGAGCUUAUGAUGGAGGUCCUGUUACCAAGGUGCUGCUGCAGCCUCUCACAGGUCGUACCCACCAGCUGAGGGUCCACUGUGAGGCGGUAGGCCACCCCAUCGUUGGAGACUACACCUACAGCCUGGGAGCAGACAGCGCCCCCUAUCGUAUGAUGCUGCACGCACACCUCCUACACCUCCCCUUACAGCCUCUCCCCCUGCAGGCCGUCGCCCCUGACCCCUUCACCACGCCCGCUGAUCCCCGCUGGCGCCCGCAGCGCUGCCUCCGGACUGUAGAGGGAGCCGUGGAGACUCUGCUGGAGCACAGGGCGGCGGAGGAGAGGACGGAGCGGGAGGAGAAGGAGAGGAGGCAGCGGGAGGAGAGGAGGAAGCAGCAGGAGGAGAGGAGGAAGAGGUGGAGGGGGAGAGAGGAGAGUGAGGAGCAGAGGAGGAUGUGUCAGCAGUGGUUGUCUGAGUGGACUGAUGUCUGAAUUCUCCAUCCCUUCUCCAUCUCCUCUCUUCAUUCUCCUUCUUCUUCUCUCUUCAUCCUCCAUCCCUUCUCCUCUUCAUCACCCCCCCCACUCCUCUGUUAACCUCUCCUUGAGACUCUGCAACCAAAAGCCUCUCUUAAUAUUUGAUCUGUAUGGGAAAGACAAAAUAAAUGGUGGACCCCAUAGAGCCUCUCUGCUUGUCGACACAGUAUUCAUCAAGAGAUGUAUUGUAUUGAGUCUGAUGGGAUUGUAGCACAGCGGGAAUCCUACUGUCUUCCCUCCAUCUCACAUUGAACAGAAGACAAUCGGCCUGGAAAUAAAUACUUACUUUUAAAAAAAACAGCAUUUUUAUUUUUAUUUUUAAAUGGCACUUAUUUGACCAUUUUGAAAUAUUUUUUUUACUGUUGUUUUGAAGUUGCUCUCUGGAUUAGAGUGUCUGCUAAAUGACUAAAAUGGAAGCGAUAUCAAAGAUUUAUAGUUUUGCACCUCUUCUUCUCUGGUAAUAUGAAUCAUGACCCCUUUCCGGGGCAGGGGAUGACACAAUAAAAAAUAUAUUAUUUGUUC